GAUUGCUGGGAAGAAGAAGGAGGCUGUCGAUGUUGGGACUUUGAAGAGGAAGGCAUAGCCAUAGACACUGUCAAAAGAAAUCAUCCAGAGUCCAGGAGGAGGUUACUGUGUGAGCUUGAAGAUAAGACAUUUGAUACGUUCACAUCUGCACAAAGUGACCAUAAUACCUGCGCCGCCUGGACAUCAUGAUGGACGAGGAGAUCAUUGAGGACCGGGCCAAGCUGAAGCAGGGCCUGGUCAAAGUGCUCCAGUGUGUGGCCACCAUCUCCUCAGCAGCAGCUGUGGUCAACCCCAUUUUUGGCGUGGCCGGUUCCCUGAUCCGGGUGGUGCUGCACCAGAUUGAUGACGAGGACAUCCGCACCCUGAAGCGCGAGUUCGGCUCGGUCAACCGGGCACUGGACGAGCUCUCUCAGCUGAAUCGCAACACGCUGGUACAGAUCAAGAAAGAAACGCUGGAUGGGCAGUACUGUCGCGUGGAGGAGAACCUGAAGAACCAGUUCAGAAAGUUCAUGGAGAUGGUGGAGGCACGGCCGGAGCACCGCGAGCGUAAGAAGGACGACUUCGAGGAGAGCUAUUCCAAUGACUUGGGAGACCAGAAUCUGCACACGCUCUAUGACGGCGUGGUGGGCAAACCCAAGCUCUUCAGCAGACCCAUCCUGGAGGUGUACCUGAAGCACUCGCAAGGCGACCGCCGCACCAUGGAGCGACUCUGCACACGCCUCACCUACCUGUUCUGCAUCGGCCUCAUCGCACUCAUGGGCUACGCCGCCGUCAUCGGAGAUGACGAGGAGGGUCUGAGCGAGGAGUGGGCCGAGAAGAUGGAGCAUGUGCAAGAGAAGAUGCAGGAGGCUCUUUCCAGGUGCAAAUGAAGAAGCAGAAGCCUGAAGAAGAGCUUUUUUUCUCCACUGCUGCUUUUCUCUUAUAGUCGGGACACACAUGUCCACAUUCCCUCUGUAACUCCUGUCCUCUUUCCCUUAGCUUCUUCUCUCCUUAUAAGCACUUUGUGAACAUCUACAGUCACUGCAUGAAAGCCCAGUGAUAAUGAGUAACAAUAUGGCUCAUUCUUUUCAAUUCAAUUCUCCAUUUGUCCAAACUUCAGUCACAGAGUCACAGGCAUGUUAUGUUCUGUCCAGGAUGAGGUAAAAGACAACUCAAUAAUGUCACAAUAUUUUGUAUUGGCUUCACACCCCAAUUGGCUCAAAUUCACAGAUUAAUUUGUUCAAUUACGUGCUGAAUCUGGAUAA